CCGGGUUUCUGGCCGGAGGGGGCCGGGCCGCGCCGCGGCGGCCGCUCGAUGAUUCGGCGCUCGGCAGGAGGCCGCGGGGCGAGGCGCCGCCAUGGCCCUGAGCGGGGUGCGGGUGCUGGAGCUGGCGGGCCUGGCGCCCUCCCCGCUCUGCGGCAUGAUCCUGGCCGACUUCGGGGCGCAGGUGGUGCGGGUGGAUCGCUGCCCCCGCGCGGCCAUGAACACCGACGUGCAGGGCCGGGGCAAGCGCUCCCUGGCGCUCGACCUGAAGCGGGGCCCCGGGGCGGCGGCGCUGAGGAGGCUCUGCCUGCGGGCGGACGUGCUGGUGGAGCCCUUCCGCCACGGUGUCAUGGAAAAACUUGGUCUUGGUCCAAAGGUCCUUCUACAGGAAAAUCCAAAACUUAUCUAUGCUAGACUUACUGGAUUUGGCCAGUCAGGAAGAUAUGCAAAGUCUGCAGGUCAUGACAUCAAUUAUUUGGCUUUGUCAGGUGUGCUGUCGAAACUUGGUAGAAAAGAUGAAAAUCCUUAUGCACCAGUAAAUCUUCUGGCUGAUUUUGCUGGUGGAGGUGUCAUGUGUGCAAUGGGUAUAAUUAUGGCCCUCUAUGAACGUACAAAAUCUGGCAAAGGGCAGGUUAUUGAUGCAAGUAUGGUAGAAGGAGCAGCAUAUCUAAGUUCUUUCCUGUGGAAAUCACAAAAUUUAGGCCUUUGGAAUAGACUUCGGGGGGAGAACUUGCUGGACAGCGGAGCACCUUUUUAUGAGACCUACAAGACCCUAGAUGGGAAAUUCAUGGCAGUUGGUGCCAUUGAGCCCCAAUUCUAUGAGCAGCUAGUAAAGGGACUGGGACUAGAUUUAGAUAAGCUUCCCAGUCAGCUGAGUUUCUCUGACUGGCCUGAAAUGAAGAAAACGUUUGCAGCUAUAUUUUCCAAGAAGACACAGGCAGAAUGGUGCCGGAUCUUUGAUGGCACAGAUGCCUGUGUGACGCCUGUUUUAUCUUUGGAUGAAGUUGCCUUACACCAGCAUAACAAAGAGCGUGGUUCUUUUAUCAAGAACGAUCAGGAAGAGAUAAGUCCUAGACCAUCUCCUCUUCUUUCAAGGACUCCAGCUACCCCAUCUCCCAGAAGGGAUCCUUUUAUAGGAGAACACACAGAAGAGAUACUUCUAGAAUUUGGCUUUACCAAGGAAGAGAUUGCUAAACUUCACUCUGAAAAAGUGAUUGAAUUCAAUAAGCCAAAAGCAAAUUUAUAAUAUCUAGCUAUGCAAAUCAGAAAAGUUUCAGACUGUCACAAUAAGAUUUUAUGCCUUAAAGUUGGAAUUAUAUGAGGAAAUGUUAAUGUAGCACCACAUUUUCAGGGCCGGGGGUGGUGGGGUGUGGUGUCACUGUUAAAUUAAUGCAUUAAUUGAAGACUAAAUGUACAAACUGUAUUCCUAAUUGGAUUAGAAUGCCUACAGAAUGUUACCUUUGAAAUUUUGUCCUGGGGGUGUUUGUUUUGAAAAGAUCUGCAGUAUUUGCUUGUUAUAAUGGUUUACGUAAUUUCUAAUGUUUCCUUGUGUUUUUAAUAUAUGUUAUAAUUAGCUGAAGGCAAUCAUUUUUAUAAAAGACUGUUAUACUUCA